UCGUCCCAGGGGUUGGUGAGGGACAACGACGACUACUUCAGUAUUUCAGUCACCCAAAGAGCUCCUCUCUGUGAGAAGUCGGCGACCACCGAGAGCAGGGGGAGACAGAGAUGGCGCAAGCAACCAUGGUGCAGGGCCUGGAGGCUAACACCGCCCUCCUCCCUUCCCACCUCGACGGAGCGCAGCGGCCAGCGCCCCUCCGUUCUUCCCUCCGCCUUCGAUCGGCAUCCAAGCUCGGAGGCUUCGGCGCUCUGAGGACGGCGAGCAGUGGAAGGUCUGUCUCGUUCAAGGCUGCUCCUCUUAGGGCUUCGGCCUCCAUCUCUACGGCCACUGAGAAGCCCUCGAUGGCGACCGAGAUCGUGCUGCAGCCGAUCAAGGAGAUCUCCGGGACCGUCAAGCUCCCCGGUUCCAAGUCUCUGUCCAAUCGGAUCCUCCUCCUCGCCGCCCUUUCCGAGGGAACUACUGUUGUAGACAAUUUGUUGGAUAGUGAUGAUGUUCGCUACAUGCUUGCUGCUCUGAGAACCCUUGGCCUGCCUGUGGAAGACGACAGUGCAAUGAAAAGAGCAACAGUUGUUGGUUGUGGCGGUCAAUUUCCAGUUGGGAAAGAUUCCAAAGAAGUUCAACUCUUCUUAGGAAAUGCAGGAACUGCAAUGCGUCCAUUGACAGCUGCUGUUACUGCUGCUGGUGGAAAUGCAAGUUACAUACUUGAUGGGGUGCCACGGAUGAGGGAAAGGCCUAUAGGAGACUUGGUUACUGGUUUGAAGCAGCUGGGUGCAGAUGUUGAUUGUUUCUUAGGCACUAAUUGCCCUCCUGUCCGUGUUAAUGCAAUGGGAGGCCUUCCAGGUGGAAAGGUGAAACUCUCUGGAUCCAUCAGCAGUCAGUACUUGACUGCUUUGCUCAUGGCAGCUCCCUUGGCACUUGGAGAUGUGGAGAUUGAGAUCAUUGACAAACUAAUUUCUAUUCCAUAUGUUGAAAUGACUUUGAAAUUGAUGGAACGAUUUGGUGUCACUGUGGAGCACUCCGAUAGUUGGGACAAAUUCUUGAUCAAGGGUGGUCAAAAGUACCAAUCCCCUGGAACGGCUUACGUAGAAGGUGAUGCAUCGAGUGCUAGUUAUUUCUUGGCAGGUGCUGCAGUCACUGGGGGUACUGUCACUGUCGAAGGUUGUGGUACAACCAGUUUGCAGGGUGAUGUGAAAUUCGCAGAAGUUCUUGAGAAAAUGGGAGCCAAGGUUACAUGGACUGAGAACAGUGUCACUGUUACUGGUCCACCACGAGAUCCUUCCAAGAGAAAAAACUUGCGUGCCGUUGAUGUAAACAUGAAUAAAAUGCCCGAUGUUGCCAUGACCCUUGCUGUUGUUGCGCUAUUUGCGGAUGGUCCAACAGCCAUUAGAGAUGUGGCCUCUUGGAGAGUCAAGGAGACUGAAAGGAUGAUUGCCAUUUGUACCGAGCUUAGAAAGCUCGGAGCAAUAGUGGAAGAAGGGCCUGAUUACUGCGUGAUCACCCCACCUGAGAGGUUGAAUGUGACUGCAAUUGACACGUAUGACGAUCACAGGAUGGCGAUGGCAUUUUCUAUCGCUGCCUGUGCUGAUGUUCCUGUCACCAUUAAAGACCCCGGCUGCACGAGGAAGACUUUCCCUGACUAUUUUGAUGUCCUGCGAAGGUUUACAAAGUACUGAGCCACGGAUCUGCAAAAGAAGGUUGAGUCCAGAAACCCAUUACGUAACCUUCAUGGAUGGUAUAUGAGCAGCAUUCUUGUUUUGUUGUAAAAUAAUAUGGUCAAUGUUGCCAGUGAAGGCUGUUCUUUUUGAAACAUUUUUAGUUGUUUUGUCGGUGGUUUCCAUCUUUUGUUAGUUCUGUCCUUCCCAGCACUAUACUUUUCAUACAUCAAGAUGUAAAGUGUGCUCCCCAAAAGGAAAUAUGCAGGUCAUCAAUGGUUGAUGCUAAGGGUUGCUUUA